AUGUUCAUUCUGCAAACUACUACAGCGGUGCUGAUUGCGUUUCUGGCCGUGCUCGCCUACAACGAGGUCCAGAACCGUCUGGCAAAGGGUCGGCCGAGAAGAAAGGAUCUAGAAUCACCUGGAAGCCCGAAAAUAUCAGCUUCCGACGAUGUCAAGCCUGCGAUCAUUGAAGAUGGUCGUGGUGUGUCUGUCGCUCCUGUGAGAGACGAGGGGGUCGACAGGGAGAUGGAAACCCACAAGUUACUUUACUACAAGCUCCAUAAUCUCGAACGCUACCCAGAAGUCUUGACCGAUAGCCGUGAACUCUUACUCUCGUUGUUCUCGUCUACGCUUGCAGAUGCCUUGGGUGAACCAGAGAGUGGUAUACUUACCGUCAAAGAGUUCACUCGGAAAGGUCUCGACGAUUUCCUCAAAGCCAAAGAUGCCGAUGUAACGAACCGCUGGGAAGAGUAUCUCAAUCGCCGAAAAGCUGGAGGAGCCCGCGAGAUGUUUGGAAAUAAAGAAGAAGCCAGAUGGUGGCUCAAGCAAGCUGCACCAGUCAAAUACGUCGAUGGCGCUUGGCUGGGACACAUCAACAAGAUCAGUACACCCUUCAAGCACCGCCACAUCACCAAGAAUGCCUGGCAAGUCAUGUCAGAAGAGCUUGGAGAUGGCGAUCUGGCAAAAAAUCACAUCCAUGUGUACCGCGAUCUGAUGGACGAUAUCGAGGCUAGAUUACCUAGUGCAGACUCGGCGGACUUCAUUCAUCCUCGCCAUGGGCUCAAUGAAGCACGUUGUUGGAAAGCCGCAAUUGCACAGCUUACCAUCUCCCUAUUUCCACAUGACUUCCUUCCCGAAGCUUUGGGAUUCAACAUGGCGUAUGAGAGUCUACCGCUCCAUUUGCUCAAGACUGUGAAAGAGCUACGCGAGCUACGGCUGAACCCUUACUACUUUGAGCUUCACAUUUCCAUCGAUAAUGCAGACUCUGGUCAUGCUGCCAUGGCUAUGAGCGCAGUUGCAGACUACAUGGACAUGGUCAUCGACCAAGAAGGCGAGGAAGCUGCGCAUUCUGCCUGGAGACGAGUGCAAGCUGGAUACAUUCUUGCCGAAGGCCUACCUACCACGCCAGAAUCGCCUUCGCUUAAGAAAGCUCCCGAACGGCCGUUUCCUCGUAAUGAAGUUGAAGAAGCACUGCUCGAGAUCUUUGCUGCCAAGAGCUUUGUCGCCCACAAGAUCCACUGCAAUAGCCGCUUGAAGAUUGGCCGUCGUUCGCUCGUAGAUUGGCUGGAACCAAAUGCAUUCAAGCAUCGCCAUUGGCAGAAAGACUUCCUACAUGAUCUCGGAAACUGCAAACCCUGGGUCAUCAAAGGAGAUAGCACAAGAAGUCGACUCGUCAAAGAGCUGUCGUGGGAAGGCAAGAUGUUUGGCAGUUUUACAGAGAAAGAGGUUGAAGUUGUAAAAGCAUGGAUUGAUGACCUUGGUGUACCUAUCACAAAGGCCACUCCAGAUCUGAACGUUUACUUUGACUUCACAGGCAGAUCACCAACACUAUCGUCUGUCACACCUUGGACAGAUCAAGAUAUCCUGAUCCACUACCCCGUCCUCACCACGCUACCAUUGCCCACUGUUCUCACCAUCGACACUGAAACGACAUGCCCAGCACUCGACCUCAGCAAAAUAAACAUCUGCAACUUCCUCCCCAUAUGGUUCGCUUCAUGCGCACUGCUCGAAUCCCUCCCUUCCGUACCCGUCCGCGCAUCCAACCCUUUCGGCUCUGCACUCAUCCGCGUCCUCCGUGCUCAAACCGGCUUCGACACCGAAGGCCUAGGCGUCGCAGGCAUGGACGAGGUGCGCCGCACGGAAAACGGUCAGGCAAUUGGCAUCCUUGAACUCGGAAUAGCCAUGUGUCGUCGUGCAGGCCUGUCUGAACCUUCAAACUUGAAAGAAGCCGUCGCUCUGGGCAGCCCAAACUCGAUUGCUAUUGCAGAGUGGAUGCUUCAUACGAGUAUGGAGUGGUUGGCAAACUGCGAUCUACUCGUAGGCCUGGCUUGGGCUUUUAUGGAGCUGCAUGAGGCGGUUGCCAAGUGGGAUGCGGAUGAUGCGGGUUUGGAUUCGAAGGGGAGGCUGGUGCUGGAGAAGAUUGCGGGUAGGGAACGGGCUGGGCUUGCGAUUUGUAAGCGUGAUAUUGAGCAUGACGAACAACGUCGGGAACAUUUUGCGAGGGGUGUUUCGAUUGCGAAGGCUGCAUUUGUGACAUUGUGUCAAGACGACAUUGACUAA